GGGCCGAGAUUCACUAUAUAUAACUUCUUGUAUUUUAAGCAAGCACCGGAUAUCCUUUAAAUAGUAGAUGUCUAUUUACAAGUUUGAAACAAGCUUGAUUUUUGUAGUGGGUGGCUUGUGUAGGCGGAUAUAUACUCUAGCACUCCCUACGUUGAUCUAAUUGUUUGUGCUGUUGUAAAAUAUUCACUGUGUGCCUUGUGGUGUUUCUAAUUAUUUUUGUGAAGAAUUCAUUUUGUUUUAAAUAAUAGCGAUCAGUAUUUUCCAAUGUUGUUUGUGUGCAAAAUUGCAAAUUUAUGCACUAAACUCGCUGUCACAUAUUGACUUUGACAUAUUGACAAACCUAAAGGGAAAAGGUCGCGUAUCGCUAUUAUUGUAAAUAAAUAAAACAAAAAAAAAGUGGUUCCUACAUAACAAAGAUAUUUUCAUAACGUUUUACGAUAAUCCAAAAAUAUAUUUUAUGUAUACUGGUUUUAAAUUUUGUAAGUGAUGCCAAUCGGUCGAAAACGUUGGAAUUUACAUGAUGGACCACAAGGCUCGUUAAGGCGAUUACGCAACCAGUUGGCGGAGGAUGGCUGUGCUGAAUCACAGGUGGUCCUUGCAAAACAACUCCUGGAAGAAAAGUGUGAGUUAGAAGCUGACAAAAUAUCAAAUUUCAAGCAAGCUUUGGAAUGGUUAAUAUGUGCUACUGAACAGGCCCAUCCUGAGGCUAGAAGAAUGUUGCGACGGUGUAUUCGAAGUGGCGUCAUUGACGAAGAUAGUGCAGCAAUAGUUCGUGCCAAGUCGUGCCUUGCUGCCAGUCGCCAGGAGACAGUUGCCAGGAAAGCUGCCAGAGACUUAUUUGCCAGCCUGUCAAACGGUGAGCAAUACAUUACUACGGCGCAGCUGGAGCGACGUAUUCGUGAGAUAUGCAACACGACGCUCAGGAAAGAGACGGAAGAUAGUGAUUCACCCGACGAUGACUCCCCGGAAGAGGCGUGUGCGCUUGACGAGAACCAAGCGUUAGAGCCGUCACAGCUACAAGCAGGCGACCAAGUUCACAGCAAUGGUACCAUACGAACCGCAGACACGACUGAUGAAGAAUGCCCAGAAAGAUGUGGUCCAAGCGAAGAGAUAAGGAAUCUAACGGUCGAUAAUCUGGUUUCGGCUGCGGUCGACUACUGCCAAGGAGAACUGCCUCUAGUUAGCCACGAACUGACGCUCACAGACCCUAGUCUUAAGGCCCUAGAUCAUAUACCGUUAUUACACCAAGCGUUUUUACACCCAAUCGUUUUCCUCCAAGUGCUAUACUUAAAACUACUCUAUUAUUUUGGCACUUUUACGUUUAGGUUGUCCAAUGUGGAACUAUCAUGGCUACUAUUAGCGUAUCUCUCGGUCAGCGCUGACAGUUUGUAUCAUUUAGUCCCUCUAGCAAUGUAUUACGCGAGUUUUGUCGCGAUGGUCAUUUGUACGUUCAAAAUGUUGCAUGCGAAACGACAGUUUAUAGAUUUUAGGAAGUGGUCUGGUUUGUUUCUGAGGUAUAGCGAUGGGAAUCUGCAGCCUGAUGAAUCAGAAAAUCUCUUUGUUCGCAACAACCUUGGGCCCUUCAUACAAUUCUUCUCCGCUCUCUUUAUAAAUUUGUUUUUGUACCCGUUUAUAGCUACUCAAUGGGUUCCGUUUUCAGAGUUUUGCGUGCUGUCUUUCUUUCUCAUGUUCUUGACGUUGCUAUCCUUUGGUACGAAUGGAAAUCCCUACCCCGAUAUCCUAGCUCUUGUAUCGUUUGGUAUAAAUGUGUUAGCCAAAUAUCCAUAUGAGAAAGACACAGUCGUUCAUCAAGGUUGGAGGUUCUUAGACUUGCAUGUAUCGAACUAUCCAUCUUAUAUAUUAGGGAAUAGCAUCGAAUUUUGCUUGAACGCUCGAGUGUUCUUUUCGUUACUGAUCCCUGUUAUAUUAAUGGCGAUGGCGCGGCGGAGUGGCUGGCAAGGUGUGUUCAGGUUUGCGUUGCCGCACUGCGUGACCCUGAGUUGGCUACAGAUGUUCAUAACAUGUUCCCAUGGUUGUACUACGUACGGUUUAAUUAGAGGUACUCUGGCUCUAGUCUGCUCUUUCCUGUUCUUGCCUUUAAUAGGCGUAGUAACAGUGACAUUGCCUAUUUUCGCAUUUCUUCAAUACAUUACGAUGUCUCGUGUAUUUUACACAGUCUCUGUAGUGGUCGGUUUUGGGCUGAGUUUAGGUAUAACAUGUUUCCUGGCAAAGUCUGAAGCCACUAAGAAAUUUGUUACUCCGUUCCAGUUAGUGGUUGGCCUAAUAACUCUGGUUUACUUUGGCAACCAGUUCGUGGUGAACUUGCAAGACGACGGCUUGCCCUCCGGCCUGAUAGAGCUGAUAGGCGACGAAAAGUCCAGUAUAAAGAACCUUCUUAAAAACGAGUUCAUCUCGGACUACGAUGACAACACCUAUCAUAUCAGCUGGGAUGAUUACUACAAUCAAUGUAACUCCCCGUCUUGGUCGGAUUAUAAUACAGCCGCUACACAAAUUAAAUGUUCGGUACUUGAUGGGGCCAACGUAAAUUGGGAGGGUUACGUCAAAGAUGUCCAGUUGAGGAAUGUUCAAAAUAGAUGGAGGGAUUUUGCGGCAUGGCUACCGGCUUUCCUUCAAGAAUACUUUAGGUGCUACUAUGGACAAGAAUAUUCAACCUUAUGCCAAAGAGAAGAGAGUCUACAGUCGGUUAAAGAGUGUGAAUAUGUUAGAAGCGUCGCGCGCCAAACUGGGAAAAGCUGCCAUUUAAAUAAUUUGAAUGAAUACACGUAUGAAAUAAAACUCAUAAUGGAAGCGAGCGGCGGUCUGCUAAAACGUCAUGCAGAAAUUGCAAUAAUUUUCGAAAAUCACUUCAGUAAUUUUACUCGCUUGCUACGCUCUGACGACAAGAUACGCUUCAAGGGGGUGCUGUCAAAUGAAAACGUACCUUAUAAUAUCGGAACUAAGGAUCUAAAUGUAAAAGGAUACGAAAUCAACUGCUUGGAAUGCAAGGAGGCCAGGGGCAUAGUGAGGUCAAAACCGCCAUCCGUUUCAAAAUUUUCAGAACUAUGUAAAACGCUUAUAAAUGAUUGUGUUGUGUCUACAAAAUAUAUUUUGAAUUUCUUGUUAAAUCCAGUGGUUGUUUUUAAAUAAAUGGUUUAUGUAUGUUUUAAAAGAUUUUUGCGUUUGUCGUUUGUGUGUUUGUCUGUAUAAAAAAAUCUUAUCCAUACGUGAUGUUUUUCAGUGAUUUUAGUGUCAUAUAUUUUUUGAAAUAGCUGUGUAAGUAAUAAUGUAAUUUAUAAAACUCAUUUAAUGUCGUUGUCUGUCCCCUUUAGCUUUUAACAAUAUUUGAACUAAGAAUCUCUUAAGACGGGUUCAAAAAUCAUCUAACUCGCUUUUUGAAUAUAAUUAUUUUCCAUUAGUUAAAAUGAAGUAGGCAAGUCCUUAAAAUUAAUUAACACUUAUUGGUCUGUCAACAGUUGCGGGUUUGUCAUUAAAUAUUUUGAUGACAAUAAUUUCGGUUUUAAUUAUUAAUACUAAUUGUUGUAAGACUACGUUAUAGUAAUCUUGAGUUUGCUUACAUAUUUUGCAUUUCAAAAGGUUUUAACGACUAACUAACUGCAUUGAAUUGGAUAUGUGAAAUAGGUAUGGAAAAUAAAAGUUUAUAAGGAAAAAAAAUAGUACGACUCAUUCUUGUGUGCGGCGCCAUCUGUGCGAUUGCUAUGGAAGUUUAAUUUAUUUCACAGUUACUCACAAAAACUAUCAGUAAACAACGUCACUGUAUAUGCACAGGUUAUCCUCACAAGGCACCGCUCCAAGAAAGUUGUAUUGACUACAUAUAUGUUUAGUGGUAGGUAGGUACAGGAUGUUUUGUUUGAUCAUAGAACCUAUAUUUGGAAUGUAUGUUGUUAAUAAAAAAAGUAUGAAUUUUC